UAAUUUUACGUUUUUAAGUGAAGCAAGAAAUAGAACGUAAACUUAUAAAAUUUUGAAAAAAAUUAAAUUCUUUUGUAAAAUAUAACAACAGUCUCUCUCUCUCUCUCCCUCCUCUUUUCUUAGUUAUCCGGAAUGAGUUGUUCAGGCUUCAUUGUUCUUUCGGGUGGUGUUUUGUCAUGGAGUUGGAUUCCAGUAAUCUUUCCUUGGCUGAGAAGGAGGACACGAAAUUAGUGGUAGAGUUGGACGUCGAUCUUGAGGAUGAUAUCAUCUAUGAGCUUUGUCCGGUGAGGAAGUUUCUCAAGGAGCGGACCAUUAAUUUCCCGGCAAGGGAAAGAACUUUGUUGUCACUAUGGAGACUGCUUUAAGGGGCAAUGAUCAAACCGAUUGGGGAUACGGGCCUGUACUUGAUACAGUUUUCCCAUGCGGUGGAUCUGGGAAGAUGGUUUCGGGAGUUCGUUGUCUUUCAACAACUGUUUCUUUUUUAUACAUCAACUAUCCAAGGGGAGAAUCCAGAGCAUAUUGAGUUCCGUCAUGCCGAUUUUUGGGUACAUGUACAUGACUUGCCUCCUGGUUUCGCAUCAGAGAGCUUGGCGUGUAAUGGGCAACCUUAUGGAAAAAGCUUGGAAAGGCUGGUGGUGAACCUCCUGAAGCCUCAUUUAGUUAUGAGCAGCUACCGCUCAUUUGUUAUAUUUGCGAGACCAUUGGCCAUGGCAAGUCGAAUAGCAACAAGCUUAUUGAGCUUCCGAAGUAAAAAAUCCAGCAGGGUUGGCCGGAGGAAAUUUGGGCGGAAGCUCGACGUCAAGCUCGGUCAAACUCGGUGCUGUGGAGGAGGGAGGUGGUAGUUUCAUGAGAGAGGGCUCUAACUCGAUCAACAUUAUUCAAAAUUUAGCAUACGAGGGAAGAAACAAACGGAUAGAUAAUGCUUAUAUUGUAACAACUUGAUUUUCAAUAGUGUCGGAAAAGGUGAUUUCAGAAUUUCAUUUUCGUAAACCAAACCUGUAAAUAUUAAAUAUGAAUAUUUAUGGGGUUGAUAUAAAAGAAUAUUGAUGUUUGGCGCAUCAA